GCUUUUUAUCAGAUCAUCGGCCUCUUUUAUCUGAUCGGUCUCUUUUUGGCGAGCCGUAGGAUCCUCGUUUUGCUGUGACUUCUGUGAGUGGGUAGCCCGCAACGACAUGUUCAUGUUCCGAACUAUUCUCGCGGCUCUUCCAAUCUUGCAUGGGUUUUGUUCGCUCAACACGCCUUGCCAAGUCAAUGUAACGUCAAAGCAUGCAAAGUAGCCGAGCGAGUUACUUGAUGGCAAUUCUUUAUCUCUGCGAAUGUAGGCCGACAACACGUCGGCCCAUUUUUUGAGGCUCUAAAGGUAUUUUUUUCUUAGCUAUAAGUAUGAUUUUCUGCACUUCCUUGUGUUCUUUCUGUUUAGAUUGAUAAGAUUUCCCUCUUUUGUUUUCUUCUUGAUCUCUCUUCCUUCACUGUGAGAUCUUGCAGUUAUGCCUUCUCAACAUUUUAUUGAAUCUUUGGAGCAAGAGAAGGGACGAUCGAAUGUUACUUCGAACCAGGAAACAAUGGUUCAAAACACACUUUCCAAGGAUGGCCAGGAUAAGGAAGCUGCGGUCACGAUUCUGGAUAACACGUCUGUCAAUUCUUCUCAGGAUCCUGCGAAUAUACUUCCACCUGUUCCAUUACAGAUGAAGCUACUGAGUGUGUUGUUGGUGUCCUGUAUCGGCUUUGGCUCUCAAUGGAGCAGCGGUGUCAGUUCAGCCAUGAAGAGCACAAUGAAAAAAGAAAUGCACAUCAACAACACUCAAUUCUCCCUCCUCGAAGCCAGCGAAGACUUUAUGUCUUCUUGUCUAAUCCUGCUCACCGGCAUCUUUACCGACCGUCUAGGCGGCACUGGCUGUAUUGUCUAUGGCAACAUCAUCUACACCGUCGGAUCUAUUCUCAUUGCAGCAGCGGCAGAGGUUAGGAGUUAUAAAUUCAUGAUUGUGGGGAGGGUGGUUGCUAGUUUUGGGGAUAUUGCUACGCAAGUUGCGCAGUAUAAAGUGUUUUCUUCUUGGUUCCCGCCGAGUGCUGGGUUUGCUAGUACGCUUGGAUUCGAGUUGGGAAUCAAAAAGGUAUGUUUUGUUUCUGGAAGUGAAGUGUUUGUGAGAUGAGGGCUGAUGAGCAUGAAUAGAUUGGUGGGUUUGUUGGCAAGUCGACUGCCAAUAUCAUUGCAAAGAACUGCGGUUUCUCUUCCGUCUUCUGGACAAUGGUCGGCAUGAACAUCUUUACAAACCUCGCUACAAUCCUCCUCUUCCUCCUUGUCCGCUACUGCA